UCCUCAACACUAGAGUUGUUUUGCUGUCAAUCAAUGUCAAAAAUAAAUAUUCUGAUCUGAAUGAAGCAAACAUUUAUUUUUAUUCGAAGUUUUUGUUUUAUUUUAAUUUUACUGAACAAUAAUAUAAAAUUUUACUCUUCUGUUUUCUUGUCGAAAAUAUGAAUUUUUCUGAAAUAUGUCGCCUAUGUUUAAAGUCCAAUAAUAGUACAUUAUUAGACAUGUUCAACAACUAUGAUGUAAAAACAUCAUAUUCUGAAAUGCUGUCCACUUGUACUAAAAUAAAGCCAAAUCAAGAGGAUCAAUUACCGAAGCAGAUUUGUAAAGAUUGUUGUAGACAGCUCAAAAAAGUUUACAUUUUUAACCAGCAAUGCGAAGAGAGUGACAAACAAUUAAGAUGUUACUUAGAUCUGCUAGAAAAUCCUAACAGUGAUGUUGACUUAGAAUUACCAGUGACUGGUGUUUCAAAUGGUGAGACUGAUGUCACACAAGACGAGGAUAACGCACUGUUAGAUGUUGUAAAGGAUGAACUCACUGAUGAAAAAGUCAAAAUUGAAGUGAACUACAAUGAAUAUGAGAGUUUUUGGGACACUGAUGAUGAUGAUAUACCUGAGAAUGUCAAGGACAGAGCUAGAGAAUCGGGCAUUGAAAAAAAAAAGAAAAGGGGCAGAAAAAAGAAAGAAGACGAGCAGCAUUCUCCAUCAGCAAGCAAGAAGCCUCACCAAUGUGACGUCUGUGGGAAACUCCUCAGCACGAAGAGCAACCUGAAAGCACACAAGAUCUGCCACACAGACCAGAGGCCCUACCAGUGUUCCGAUUGCCCUGCUACUUUUAGAGGCCACAGCGCAUUGUUCCAACACAAGAAGCUCCACACAGGAGAGACGCCGUACCACUGCGAGUACUGCCCCAAGCAGUUCGCGAGGAGGUCCGGCCUCGUCAACCACAUCAGGAUACACACUGGCGAGAAGCUGUACAGCUGCGACGUUUGCUCCAAGAACUUUGUGCAGGGCGCGCAGCUCUCCAUCCACAUGCGGCGCCACAAGGGGGACAAGCCCUUCCUGUGCCAGGACUGCGGGAAAGGGUUCCCAAUAAAAGCAGAUCUGAAAGUCCACCAGCGGAUACACAACGGAGAAAAGCCCUACUCGUGUCACCUGUGCACUAAAACCUUCGCCACCUCCGGUAACCUCUCCAUUCACAUACGGAUACACACCAGGGAAGUCAGAUACAACUGUCCAGAAUGUCACAAAGGUUUCGUCACAUGCAGCGCGUUCAACGUCCAUCUGAAGAGGCACAAAGGGCAGAGAGACUACCAGUGUGAAUGUGGCAAAACCUUCUACACGUCCUCAGCUUUGAAGCAACACAAAGUUGUUCACACCGGCGAGAAAAAAUACCAAUGCAAAAUUUGUGAAAGGAAAUUUUCUCAGACCAGCCAUUUGAGUCGGCAUUUCAAAAGGGAUCACAUGAAACCGAACGUGCCAGUGCCCUCGUCGGAUUACUUCAAACAUGUCAUAAGGGAAGGCGAAGAAAGUGUGUUCAAUUUGUUGGACAGUUCGAUUCAGAAGAUUCGGAAUGAUUCCGAUGUUAAAUGUGAGAAUUCUUAGUGUUUUUGUUCGAUUUUUGGUAUUGUGUUUGAUUGCAAUAUCAUUUUGAGUGUUCCCUCUCUAAUGCUCGAGUGAUCCUGGUUGCAUUUGUAGCUAUGACGCCGCAAUGCCCGGGGUGUAUUUUUAAACUUUUUUUAUUUUGAAUGUUGGGCUGUAAUUUUAGCUUGACUGAAGGAUUUAUCAGCCGACAAGACGGUUUAUCCCUUGUAUACCUCGUACGUCAUCCACGGUAAAAUAUAGAGUGGUCCUAUUUUAGGGCGAGAACCAUAGACGUGGAUUUAGAACUAAAAUGCAUCUGUAAUUUUCAAGUCAAACGUUGGUACAGUGGCGCCAUCAAUUAUUCGAAAUCAAAAAUCUGCUUAGCUACUAUGUAUUUAUUUCAAAUUAGAUACUAUGUUUAUUAUGUUUUUGCGAGAAGCUCAAAAACUAAUUCUGAGAAAAGAAUAUUGAUUCUAAAUAUCGAAUAAAUGAUUUUACAUCGAGAACUCGAAGAUUUAGGGAUUAUGCUUGUUUUUCUUAUUUAUUUAAUUUAUUCGCUUAUUUAUUACUUCCUCUACUAACAUAUUCAUAAUUAUUAAGCCAUAAUUUAUUUAUUUAAAAUGCCUAACUUAAGUUUUAUUCCCAUCGUGUGCAACUAUUUUAAUUAUUAGGUCUACAUGGUUGUGAGAAAUAAGUCAGAAAUGUUGUCAUCGUCGUGAAUACUGUUUCUUAAAUUGAGACCCACAGUUAGGAUAAAUUGUAACUAUUUAGAGCCAAGUAUUUUAUACCUAUUUAUAUAGGAUGUUGAAAUUUAAGAUCAAAUAGGUUUAUGUACAGUUCUCAUUAUUUUAAUAAUAUUGAAUCACAAUUAGAAAGAAAUUAUAUUUUUAUGUGUAAGUUACCAUCUUGUCAGAACAACAUUUUUGUAAUAUAUAGCUGUAUGAGAAAAAAAUAUAUGUAUUAUAGAUUUGUA